UAUAUAUGUGUUUAUCCAAACACCUUAAACAUCAUCUGCUCAAAACUACAUUUGCUUUCUUUAAUUGUAAUAAACUUCCAUGGCUCAACCUCAAAAUUUCAACUAUCCAUUUUUCCCCUUUCCACCUCCACAUGCUUUCCCGUUCCCAGCGAAACCAGCACCUCCCUUUCACCCCAUUUCUCCACCAAAACCAACCCCACCAUCGCCAUCAAACCCUCCUCCAACGCCGAUACCAAAGCCACCUCCACAUUCUCUCCCUCCACCACAGCCCUCAAACCCUCCUCCAACGCCGAUACCUAAACCACCUCCGCACUCUCUCUCACCACCAAAGCCCUCGAAUCCUCCUCCAUCGCCUGUACCUAAACCACCUCCACACUCUCUUCCACCACCAAAGCCUUCAAACCCUCCUCCAUCACCAAAACCCAAACCGCCGCCACAUCCUCUUCCUCCACCAAAGCCCUCGAACCCUCCUCCAAGGCCACCACCACAUCAUUUGCCUCCGCCUGCUCCAGCAGUAAAGCCGCCACCACUGCCACCAAAGCUUCCACCACCACCUCCUCAUGUGGUGCCUACUCCACCUCCUGCUCCAGGGCACCAUGCUACCAUCGUCAUUGUCUUUGUGUCUCUUGGAGGCGUCUUCUUUCUUGCAUUCCUCUCAGCUGCAUUGUUUUGCUUCAUCAAGAAGAGAAGAAAGAGAAUGAUCAAGGAGACAGAUAAUAUUACGGUUGAUGAACAUAUGCACGUUCAUGAAGAAGUUGUACGUGGUCCUCAUGGCGAGCAAGCUGUGCUCGUAACCUUCGAAGAUGACAUUCAUACUCAUGAAACUAAAAUAAUUGAUGAAAUAGUGAGUGGGACUUCGCAUGCUAGGGGUGCACAUCAUCCCCAUUCUCUCCAAACAGCUGCACCUACUUCUGGCUCUGAUCAUCUCCAAAUUGAGAACAAGAACUCAUGAAUGAGCUGAAGAACAUGCUAUAUAUGCAUGCACUGAGGACAUAAAUCAACGGUGAACGAAAUAAGUUUAACCAUGUUGCUUUAAUAUUUGCUAAUUUGUAUGUACAUUUCAACAAAUAAAGUUCAGAAUUCUUUCUUUCACGAGAUAUUUUUUCUUAAUAAAAAAAUAUAUAUUAUG